AUGACUAGCACCAGGGAGCGGUCUGAAUCUGGAGGUCUCGGAGACGGGGUUGGAGGGAAGGAGAAUGAGACCCCAAGCCCAGCGACCGAUCGUGUCCGAACAUCAACGACAGAAGAUGCUCAGCCCGCAGGUCAAGGACACAAGCAGCAGCGGCACACACGGGAGAACAGCACCGCCGUGGGCGCCGCAACGAAAGAGGGAGCGGCCACCUGGCCUCCGCCCCCUCCUAUUCCGCUAAUCCUACACCUCUUUCUCGAGAACCACCGUCCUCGAGACGUAUCGGCACUGCCUUCUGGCGGGAGCCGUGGCAGCAAUGCCGGCGACGGGUCAUCAUCAGUGCAUCGUGUGUGGUUCACGGGUGGCUUGGCCUACGAGGGCCAGCUCCUCCGCCGAGAGGGAGGCGAGAAGCGCGUGCCCCAUGGCUGGGGCAACCUCACGUUCCCGGACAAGGGUUUCUACCAGGGGUGCUGGCACGGAGGCGUGGUGCACGGAAAGGGGGCACUGCACCUUCCCAACGGUAACUCUUACCUCGGGUCGUGGGCGUACGGGCGAAAACACGGCCUCGGGUCCUUCACUUGGGCGGACGGGUCAAGGCACGAGGGCUACUACUUGGCGGGCGAGAGGAGCGGCGUGGGGACAAUGCACUACGCUUCGGGGGGCGUUUACGAGGGAGACUUCAAGGCCGGUCGUCGACAUGGUGUGGGUCGGCUCGAGCUCGCUAGAGGGAGUCAUACUAGGUCCUACGACGGGGAUUGGGAAAACGAUUUGCCGCACGGCCACGGCGUGUUCGUCGACACGGCGGAAGGCGAGCGCUUCUGCGGCGCCUGGCGACAUGGCAUCAGGUCGGGGGCGGGCACGCUGGUGCAGGGGCGGCUGGAAAAAGAAAAACGUCAGAAGGGCGGGGAAGACACGGGCGAGGAAGCGGAGCGGGAAGACGAAGCGUCGUCGGAACUCGCCUGGUACUCGGGCAACUUCGAGCACGGUUUACCCCACGGCGACGGUACGAUGACAUAUUGCGGGGCUACGUUUUGCGGUCACGUGGAGCAGGGAGUUCCCCACGGGGGUGGAAAGAUUGAUUUCGGGGAGAAGAGCGGGUUCUCUUCUGGAGUUUUUGAGGGGUCAUGGAUCGACGGAGUUCCAUGUGGCAGUGGUAGGUGGUGGUACAAGCAGAGCGGGGUCGCGUUGGACUGUACCUUCGAACAGGGUUACUCGCGGAAAAUCUGGUCCACUUGA